GCAACAUUUGUUUACCCAUCCGGGAUGUGCAGUUCUUUCCUGUCCCCUUCGAACAAACGAGGUCACGACAAACAACUGAAAAACGAAAGAAAAUGAGGUGUCCCACAGACGUCACUGUCGAAGAUCUUCACUCUGAAAAGUGCAAUCCCCUCCACAUCAAAAUGGAGGAGGAGUCGGAGAUGCCAUACGUCAAACAGGAGGCGGAGCCAUGGACGCCCUACUUGAAAGAAGAAAAGCAGGAAAAUGAAAUCACCAAAUUUCCAAUGACUGUCAGUGUGAAGAGUGAAGAAGGUCCCAGGGAAGAGAGCGGCGCAGCGAAACAUUCGAGUGACAGCUCCUUUCAGCACCUGACAACAGAAGAUGAGGGACGAUCACAACCGGAUAGCUUCUUAGCUCCACUUUCGGACAGCGAUGACGUAACGUCACACUCUUCUGACUUUAAUACUGCUGGGGAGGAUGAUGACUUUGACCAAAAUGCUUCAAAAUCCUUAAAUGAGUCAUCAUUGAAAAAAGACACUCAAGAAAGCGCAGUGAGGAAAUCUUUUCCCUGCUCACUUUGUGAUAAAACAUUUUCUUGGAAGCAUCAUUUAAAAACACACAUGCGUACACACACCGGUGAGAAGCCUUUUGGCUGCACGUUUUGUGGUAAAAGAUUCGCCGACAAGGGAUAUUUGAACGAACACACAAGAACACACACUGGGGAAAAGCCUUUCCUCUGCACAAUUUGCGAUAAAAGAUUUUCUCAGAAGACUUAUUUAAGAAAGCAUCAGCGUACACACACUGGGGAGAAGCCUUUCGCCUGUACACAUUGCGAUAAAAGAUUUUUUCGGAAGACUUGUUUAAAUAGACAUAAACGUACUCACACUGGAGAAAAGCCUUUCGCUUGCACACUUUGCGAUAAAAGAUUCACCGAGAAGGGAAGUUUAAACAAACACACUAGCAAGCACACUGGAGAGAAGCCUUUCGCCUGCACACUUUGCGAUAAAAGAUUUUUUAAGGAGAGUGAUCUAAAAAAUCAUCAGCGCACACACACUGGAGAGAAGCCUUUUGCCUGCUCACUGUGUGGUAAAAGAUACUUCACAAAGGCAAAUUUAAGCGUUCACAUAAGAACACACACUAAACAGAAGCCCUUCGUCUGCACACUUUGUGAUAAAAGAUUUAAUCAGAAGGCUCAUUUAGAAGUGCAUCAGCGUACACACAGUGGAAAGAAGCCUUUCGUCUGCGCAAUUUGUGGUAAAAGAUUCGCCGAGAAGGGAAAUUUAAACGCACACACAAGCACCCACACUGGAGAGAAGCCUUUCGCCUGCACUUUUUGCGACAAAAGAUUUUCUCAGAAGAGUCAUUUAGAAGGACACACACAUACACACACUGGAGAAAAGCCUUUUCCCUGCUCAGUUUGUCACAAAAGAUUCCGUCAGAAGGGAAGUUUAAACAAACACGCACGCACACACACUGGGGAGAAACCUUUUUCCUGCUCGAUUUGUGAUAAAAGAUUCGCUCAGAAAGGAAGUUUAGUUUCGCACGCGAAAAGCCACACGUGGGAAAAAGCUUUGAAUUGCAGUGUGUGACUAAAUAUUACGAUUCCUGCCACGCAUUUAGAGUGAAAAAAGAAUUUCAAUUGCCUUAUUCAGUUUCCCUUGAGCCUCUAUUGAUAAAGUGGUUGAAACGAUUUUGCAGGUCCUGUUCUUUUUCACAACUAUCCAAAUAUUCUGAUUAAACAAUAAUAAUAAUGAACUGCAUUACAUUUUUCUGUUGGGAUUGUUCCACAACUUAUAUACUGCUUAAUGGUUUUCGUUAUUUUACUUUUGAAUGUUGACAUUUGAUAUCCAGCUCUGUAUUUCCUCAAAGCAAACCCCCUCUCUUCCACCUUCCUCU